AUGUCCACUCCCACUACUGCGGUGGGGGCAACCCCCCCGCAAAAACCCCUAUCAGGAUUCGCGUUCUUCAUGCAAAAGAGUGGCUGCUUGCCGCAGAAGACCGCCGAGAAGGUCAUUCUGAUCGUGCGUCUCGGUGGCCAAGUCGUCGCCUACCCCUUGGAUCUCGUCACAACCCAUAUCGUGGCAUGGGGUCCUAGCCUUGGGGGCAAGGAUACCCCUGGACAGAUCGUGUACGCUCCCAAAGCGCCUCUUCCAGUCAACAGCGGAGAGGACUGGGACCUGGACCGCAUCGUCGACACGUUCUGCACCUCGUAUGGCGAUCCUCCCGGAAUCCGUGUCGUUCACGAGGGUUGGCUGUACGAGGUCCUCAACCGCAAGGCCCUGGUGGAUGACGACAAGUGGCUCGUGUCCAGGGCCGACCUCGACCUCUUCUUGCCCCGCCAAGCAACUGCCCUUCCGGGCCUCGUGUCGGGCAUGCUAGCAGACUGCCCCGGUCCUCACCAAACCCGGCCCCCUCGACUUCCCUCGUCGGUUAAUUCUCCAAGAAAGAACAAGAAACGCCACUUCCAACGUCAGCGGCCAGCACUGCCCAGAGCCGCCAUCCUCCAGUCUCAACAACCGUUUUGA